AUGCAAUCAUCAUUAAAUCAACCACUUCUCAAAUCAACACAAGGUCGUGGUGUAACAACAUUACAAAUGCGAGAUCAUGUUCGAUCUACAUUAGGACAAGCAUAUCAACGUUUACAGACAAUAUCAAGUACAACAUAUCGGCGAUUAUUACAAGCACCAGCUAAAAAUGUAUUAGCAUCGAAAUAUUAUUUUGCUUCAUCACAAGUUAAAUAUGGGUAUGAAUUAGCUGCGUUAUAUCUAACCCUUUGA